UUUACAUGGUGUCAGAAGUGCAAGAAAGAAAAAGUUAACCUCUUCAGUGGAUUAUUGAAGUAAAGUAAAAGAAAUGAAUCAGCUAAAACCUCCAGAAUCCCUCGACUUCGAAAGCCACGAUCUAUCGCAUGCCUGGCGAAAAUGGAGGGAAGAAGUAAUGUUAUAUCUCGAUCUGGCAACCGCAGGGGAUGAUAACGCUACAAAGGUAAAGCUUUUUCUUUAUCUUCUAGGGGCUAAGGGCCGAGAAAUUCAGAAAACAAUGCAGUAUACGACUCCUGAAAAAGACAGAACGAUUGAGGAGCUCCUCAAGUCGUUUGAUGAGUAUUGUGACCCUAAAAAGAAUGAAACGGUCGAGAGACACAAAUUCUUCAUGCGAAACCAAGAGCAGGGCGAAGCCUUUGACAAAUACUUAACAGAAUUGAGACUACUAGAGAAAACCUGUGACUUUGGGACACUCUCAGACUCACUUCUCAGAGACAGGAUUGUAUGUGGGAUAAACACCUCGAGUUUGAGAGAACGACUAUUAAGAGAGCCAAGUCUUACCCUGAAGAGCUGYAUUGACCUCUGUAGAGCUUCAGAGCUGUCUAAGGAAAGGAACAAAUCACUGACUAGCACAGAUACAGUUAGUAGAAUCAGCUCUAAGACCCCACCUGAUCGAAGGGGAAGGUCUGGGUCAGGGGUAACACCAAAACCUACCAAGAAAUGUAUCUACUGUGGAAGACAGCAUGAAAUGAKCAAAGAAAAGUGCCCUGCAUAUGGGAAAACCUGCAACAGAUGUAAGAAACAGAAUCACUUUGCAGUCUGUUGUGGGAAAACAUCCUUCAGCGCACCCCCAACUCACAACCAAGUACAGUCAUUUAGUGAGGGCGAGGGAGAUGAUGAUGAUGGUCAGUAUUAUGAAGUGAAGACACUGACAGAACUUCCAGAGAUAGUUUACACUGUUGGAGAAGAACCGAAGAGAAAGCUGUUUGCUGCCAUGACUAUCAAAAACAAGAGCAUCAAGUUCCAACUAGACUCUGGUGCAACGUGCAAUGUCAUCACAUCAAAGAUCCUUCGAGAUACAGGAUGUAAUGCAGAGGUAGCUUCAUCAAGAACGGUACUCUCCAUGUACAAUGGAACGACUGUUAAACCAGCUGGGCACUGCAAAGUAAAGAUGAUCAAUCCCAAAAACAAGAAGAAAUAUCUGGUAAACUUCAUGGUUGUUGAUGAUUCUACAUGUACAACCCCAAUUCUCGGAAAUAUGGCAAUACAACAGAUGGAGCUGAUAAAGGUGCUAGAGGAGAAUAUCAGCAGUUUGCAUUCAGGAACAGGUGCUAUGGGAAUGAUGGAAAACAUUCCUUUCUCAAAAGCCUCCCUCCUAGGACAGUAUCCUGAAGUAUUCCAAGGAAUUGGGUGCAUGCCAGGCGAGUACCACCUGACGACUGACCCAUCAGUAAGACCAGUUGUACACCCUCCAAGAAAGAUUCCUUUGGCUUUGAAGGAUAAACUACAAGCUGAGAUUCAAAGAUUAACAGAGUUACAGAUAAUCGAACCAGUAUCAAAACCAACCAAGUGGGUAUCCAGUAUGGUCACGACUAAGAAACACAAUGGUGAUAUCAGAAUAUGCAUAGAUCCCAAGGAUCUCAACGGAGCCCUGCAGAGGAGUCACUACCCUAUACCAACAAUUGAGGAUGUUCUGCCUAACCUGAACAAGGCCAAGAUUUUCAGUACUGUAGAUCUGAAAUGUGGAUUUUGGCAGGUGAAGCUGGAUGAUGAGAGUGCUGACCUAACCACGUUUAACACACCUUCGGGUCGAUUCAGAUGGCUACGAAUGCCAUUUGGCAUUUCUACAGCCCCAGAAGAGUUUCAACGACGGCAACAUGAAGCAGUAGAAGGCAUAUCUGGGGUUGUGUCAGUUUAUGAUGACAUUCUAGUCUAUGGCGAAGGCGAUACAGCAAAUGAAGCCAUAGUUGACCACGACAAGAAAAUGAGAGCACUCAUGGAAAGGUGUAAAGAAAGGAACAUUACACUAAACAAAGAUAAGAUCCAACUCAAGAAGACAGAAGUGCGCUUUCUGGGACACCUCCUUACUGCAAAUGGUGUGCAAGCUGACCCUGAGAAGGUACGUGCAAUAUCUGACAUGCCAAAGCCAACGGAUAUGAAAGGCGUACAGAGACUGCUAGGAUUCGUGAACUAUCUCAGUAAAUUUCUGCCUCAACUGAGUGAAGUGUGUGAACCACUGAGAACCCUGACAUUGAGGGGAACAGUGUGGUGCUGGCUAGACGUGCACGAACAAGCAUUCCGCAAGAUAAAGGAGCUUGUUACAGCAGCACCAUUACUUCGUUAUUAUGACCCUGAUGAUGAACUAACACUGCAAUGUGAUGCAUCGGACAAGGGACUGGGGGCUGCCUUACUGCAGCAAGGCCAGCCWAUCGCAUUUGCCAGCAGAGCUCUCACACAGUGUGAGCUGGGAUACGUGCCAAUUGAAAAAGAGAUGCUGGCAGUGGUAUACGGUAUGGAAAGGUUUCAUCACUACACUUAUGGAAGGAAAGUUACCGUCCACUCUGAUCAUAAGCCUCUUGAGUCAAUUGUCAAGAAACCUCUACACAAGGCUCCAAAAAGGUUACAGAGAAUGCUUCUUCGGCUCCAGAACUAUGACAUUACUCUGAUAUACAAGAAAGGAACCGAAAUGCAUCUGGCCGAUACAUUGAGCAGGGCUUACCUCAAGGAUACGCUACCAAGUGCCUUCACAGAGGAGUUGUCARCAAUUGACGCAAGAGAAUCAAUAUGCGUCUCACAAAGCUGCUUAGAAGACAUAGCACAUCACACAAAGGGAGAUCCCACAUUACAAGAGCUAGAUCGAGUGAUCCGUGAAGGCUGGCCAGAGUCCAAAAAAGAGGUGCCACUACCACUUCGCCCAUACUACCAUUGCCAYGAUGAACUAUUUACUCAAGAAGGUAUAAUCUACAGGGGCGAAAGAGUUGUCAUCCCCUCCCGCUUAAGGAAGACGAUGACCAAGAAAAUCCACUCCUCCCACAUGGGGGUCGAAGGUUGUCUCAGAAGGGCCAGGGUUUGCUUUUACUGGCCAGGAAUGGAUGCACAAGUCAAAGACUACAUCCAAUCGUGUGAAACAUGCCUAGCUACGGGGAGGAAGCAGCAAAAGGAAACGAUGAUAGCACAUGACGUAGAGGGCCGUCCAUGGUCAAAGGUGGGAAUGGACCUCUGUGAGCUGAACGAGAAGGCCUACUUGAUAAUAGUUGACUAUUUCUCAAAUUUUGUAGAGGUAGACUUGCUGGAACAUACCAAGUCCAGGGAUGUUAUUCACAAGGCAAAGGCACACUUUGCGCGCUACGGAAUCCCCAAUGUCGUGGUGUCUGAUAAUGGCCCACAAUUCUCAUCGCAAGAGUUUCAAGAUUUUAGUAAGCAGUGGGAAUUCCAGCAUGUGACAUCAUCUCCAAGAUACCCUCAGAGCAACGGUCUGGCCGAGAAUGCUGUCAAAACAGUUAAGCGUUUGUUGACACGUGCAAAGAUUGCAAGAGGAGAUGCCUACCUCUCACUCCUUGAUUUUAGAAACACUCCCACUCAAGGAAUGACUACCAGUCCAAUGGAACGACUGAUGUCCCGUAAAGCUAAGACACUUCUACCCAUGAAAGAAACACUGCUGGAGCCCAAAGUAAAUCUUGAGGUUUGUCAAGAGAGAAAAAAGAUGAAAGAAAGGCAGAGCCAUUAUUACAACAGGAAUGCUAAAGAUCUACCACCUCUAAGUGCGGGAAAUGUUGUGCGAGUGCAACCAGAAAGGAAAAGUCAGCAGUGGAGCAAGGCAACAGUCGUCUGUCGCAACGAGAAAAAACCCAGGUCAUACAAAGUGGAGACAGAAGCAGGACAGGUCCUAGAGAGGAACCGUAGGCAUCUCAAGCAAGCACCCUCAACUACCCAAGCGGUUAGGCAAGAGGAUCCAUUCAUUGAAGAGGGACCAUCAACCGGUCAGGCAGCAGAUCAAGAAGAGCUGUCAGCAAUCCCUGAAGAACAAGAGAAGCAAUACCAGACCCGCUCUGGAAGGACGGUCAGGAUGCCAUCUCACUUAAAAGACUAUAUCACGGGAUAGAAGAAGAAAAGAAGAUGUAGAAGAAGAAGUACUAGUGAACUGACUAUGAACAGACAUGUUAUUAAAAAAAAAAAAA